GGCGUUUGUGUGGGUCUGAAACCCCGCCUCAUGUUCACUACGUAAGCACAAACUUGUCGCGUUGUACGCAUCAUUUGAAAAAGUGUCCAUUGUAGCCUACUAUUGUCCAAGCUACAAAAUAAAUUAUUGCGAAAUCUCAGUCCCAGUCUGUCCCCAAUGGAUCGAGCCUCCAAGCGCAGGCAGGUGAAGCCCCUGGCUGCCUCUCUUCUAGAUGUCCUGGACUAUGACAGCUCGGAUGACAGCGAUUUUGAAGUGGGAGAUGCAGAUGCCUCGGGGUCAGAGGGCACAGGGAACGGCAGCGAUGAUGAGGGCUCCAAAGACAGCAUCGGAGGUGCGGACAGUGACUCGGAUGCUGUUGUAUCUCCUGACGAAGAGGGCAUCGAUGAUGACGAGACCAAAGAGAUUAAAGUAGAUGUGCAAGAAGAAGAUAAAGCCAAAGACCAGCCUUCCUCUGAGGAAAGCAGCAAAAAAGAAACAGUCUCUAAAAAUCGCAAGAAAGCCGAAAAGACCUCAGACACGGAGCCCAACGGGAGCAGCGUGGUCGAGGAAAGCCCUAAAAAGUGGAACCUUCGGAGGAACCGCCCCAUGCUGGACUUCACCACAAUGGAGCAGCUGAACGAAAUGGACGAUUACGACAGCGAGGACGACAACGACUGGAGGCCCACGUCGGGAAAGAAGAAAAACAAAGCUGCCGGGAAGGAGAAAGGAGGGAGCGAGGGCGAGGAAGGGGAUGAAGGCAGUGCGGAGGAAGACGACGACGACGACGAUGACGACGACGACGACGACGAUGACAACAAUGACGAGGACAACGAGGACGACGAUGUCGAGAGCAGCAGCAGUAGCGACAGUGAAGCGACGGUUAAAAAAUCGAAGAAGAAAGCAAGUAAGAACACCGGAGCGUUUGAUGAGGAGGAGACCAACGACAGCCACAGCACGUCUCAAGGAAAGGGAAAUGAGGACUCUUUGGUGGAGCGAGCUCAGGUGUGGACCUCGCAGCGGAUGGAGCACAUUCUGAUCUGCUGCGUCUGUCUGGGAGACAACAGCGAGGACACGGACGAGAUCAUCCAGUGCGACAACUGCGGCGUGACUGUGCAUGAAGGCUGCUAUGGGGUUGACGGUGAGAGUGACUCGAUCAUGAGUUCGGCCUCAGAGAACUCCACAGAGCCGUGGUUCUGCGAUGCCUGUAAAAAUGGCGUGAUGCCCAGCUGUGAGCUCUGCCCCAAUCAGGAUGGGAUCUUCAAAGAGACAGAUGCUGGGAGGUGGGUGCAUGUUGUAUGUGCACUCUACGUUCCAGGAGUGGCGUUUGGGGACAUUGACAAACUGCGGCCUGUAACACUGACAGAAAUGAACUACACCAAGUAUGGUGCCAAGGAGUGCAGUCUCUGCGAGGAUGCCCGCUUCGCCCGUACCGGAGUGUGUAUCAGCUGCGAUGCAGGCAUGUGUCGCUCCUACUUCCAUGUGACAUGUGCCCAGCGGGAAGGGCUUCUAUCUGAGGCUGCUGCAGAAGAGGACAUAGCUGACCCAUUCUUCGCCUACUGUAAGCAGCACGCUGACCGCUUUGACAGGAAGUGGAAGAGGAAGAACUACCUGGCGCUCCAGUCCUACUGCAAAGUGUCACUGCAUGAGAGAGAGAAGCAGCUCACUCCUGAAGCCCAGGCGAGGAUCAGUGCACGGCUGCAGCAGUAUCGGGCGAAGGCGGAAGUGUCUCGGAACGCACGUCCUCAAGCGUGGGUGCCGCGCGAGAAGCUCCCGCGUCCGCUCACCUCCAGCGCCUCGGCCGUGCGAAAGCUCCUGCGUAAAGCUGAGCUCAUGGGCAUCAGCACUGACGUGUUCGCCACUGACACCGCAGAUGCCAGCGCCAGCCUGGACGGACGCCGUAAACACAAACAGCCUGCGCUCACCGCCGAUUUCGUCAACUACUACCUCGAGCGGAACAUGAGGAUGAUCCAGAUCCAGGACAACAUCUUGGAGCAGAAGAACCUGAAAGACAAGCUGGAGAGCGAGCAGGAGAAGCUGCAUGUAGAGUACAACAAGCUCUGCGAGUCUCUGGAGGACCUGCAGAAUGUCAACGGGCUGCUGAGGACCGAAGGCCAGUCCAUAUGGAGCAUGUUGGGAAGCAUCCUCGGGCAGAAACUGAAUGCGCCAGCUGUUUUAAAACCCCCCAAAGAGAGAAAGCCAAGCAAGAAAGAAGGUGGAAGUCCAGGGAAGUCCUCCAGUCUCCCAGCAGUGCUCUACAGCUGUGGGAUCUGUAAGAAGAACCAAGACCAGCAUCUCCUGUUACUGUGUGACACCUGCAAGCUGCACUACCACCUGGGCUGCCUGGAUCCACCUCUCACCCGCAUGCCCAAGAAGACCAAGAACAGCUACUGGCAGUGCUCUGAGUGCGACCAGGCCAGCAGCGACGAGGCAGACAUCGCCAUGGAGACACUUCCCGAUGGCACCAAGAGGUCCAGGAGACAGAUCAAAGGGCCAAUCAAAUUCAUCCCUCAGGACAUGUCACCAGAGCCUAAAAAACUGCAGCUGAGGGGCACGGUGGGUAUCAGGAGAACCCGGGGCCAGAAGAGGAAGAGGGUGUCUAUCUGCGAGGAAGAAAAGAUAGAGGAACCGGCACCGCGGGAACGCAGGCAGCGGCAGUCGGUGCUGCAAAAAAAACCAAAAGCUGACGACACAAGGACGGAGUGUACCACCUGCAAAGGGCCCGGUGACAACGAGAACCUCGUUAGGUCGUGAGAGCCGGGCGCCACCUCUCCCACCUCCCCCACGUUCCUCCCCUAAAAAAUCUGGGGACAGAUGAGAGAGGGACAGAGAGAGGGAGAAAGAGAAAAGAGAGAGAGGCAGAUUAAGUCGUUUCGAAGAGCGGCGUCCGGGUCGGGGCAGGAAGUCGCAGACGACGGCCUCCUCUGACCGUCACCUUUGGCAUCACUUCCUGCUCAGAACCAUGGAAUUUAACAUGUUGACUCUUUUGGGCUACAAAGAAACUUUCAGGAGCGAAUGCACUUUUUUCAAAUUUCAAAUUACAGAUGGAUUUUAAAGCUUGCGAAUUAAAGGCAUUAAAGGGAUGAUUGUGCCGCAGUGGAUUCUAUAAGAGGACUAAGUGGAUCUUGAGGACGCUUAGGUAGCCAUUUUGGAUGGAGAAUUUAAAGUUGAUGAACGUGUACUGGACAGUAUCUCUGAGGCUGGACGUGUAGCUGCUUGUGUUUUGGAUUCCUAAACUGACUGUCAUGUAAUGGGGAACUUUCCAACUGUUAUCAAGCCCUGCUUCAAGUGGCCUUCGUGCAAUCCUGGCCAAUUUGGGACAAUUCUGUGCAGCCCUCUCCUUUUCUUCUUUGCCUCUCAUCUUUCUGCAAUCCCUUUUUUUUUUUAACCUGAAUGUUGUGUGUCCUCUAUAUUAACACAUGAUGAAUGCUUUUGAACUGAAUCCUGUGCUGCUCUCCUUGCUUAUUGCUUAUGCUAUGUGAAACUAGUUAGUAGCGAAUAGAGAAUUCAAAACACAGCAGUAUUUCUUUCUUGUAGAGUAUUUACUUAUGUCUGUGCAUCCACUGUAUUUCAAUAUGACGAGUGAUAUUUACAAUGUAGCUCAUAAUGAUCAGUGGAGAAAAUAAUUAGAAGGUGUAGCAAGCUGUGUGUGUGUUGUUGGUAUCGCAUACUUCUUUAUUCUUUGUCGUGAGCAGGCAGAAUUGUUACGUGCAAUUACAAUGGUUCACACACUGCCUCGUGGUGAAGCAUAUUGUGCUUUUUGACAGCUCAGCUGCCUUAUAUUCUGUCGAGAUAGCUAGGAAUGUCCCUCUGUGGGAUUCUCACGUCUUCAUGCCCUUUAAUAUAGUGGCCUUUAAGUGCAAGAAAUAUUAACAAACCAAAAAUGCAAAUCAAAGAAUUCAACGACAAAACUAAGACAAAACACAUGAACAGUAACUCAACAUGGCGAUCAGAAAAAACACAACAGCAAAUUAGAAAAUGCAACAACAAAACCAAAAAUGCAACAGCAGGUCAGAAAAUGCAACAAAACUAACAACACAACAGCCAAAACGAAAUCUUAAAGGCAACAACAACAAAAAAAAAAUGCAAUAGCAAACAAACAACUCGUCACCAAUGAGAAUGUGAUUUUGUUAGUAGUUUUGCUGUAGUGUCUAUAGUUUUGUUGUAGUGUUGUUAGUUUUGCUGUAGUGUCUAUAGUUUUGUUGUAGUGUUGUUAGUUUUGCUGUAGUGUUUUGUUUUGCUGUAGUGUUGUUAGUUUUGCUGUAGUGUCUGUAAUUUUGCUGUAGUGUCUAUAGUUUUGCGGUAGUGUCUAUAGUUUUGCUGUAGUGUCUAUAGUAUUGCUGUAGUGUUUAUAGUUUUGCUGUAGUGUCUAUAGUUUUGCUGUAGUGUCUAUAGUAUUGCUGUAGUGUUUAUAGUUUUGCUGUAGUGUCUAUAGUAUUGCUGUAGUGUUUAUAGUUUUGCUGUAGUGUCUAUAGUUUUGCUGUAGUGUGGUUUGUUUUUGCUGUAGUGUGGUUUGUUUUGCUGUAGUGUUUAUAGUUUUGCUGUAGUGUCUAUAGUUUUGCUGUAGUGUCUAUAGUUUUGCUGCAGUGUUUAUAGUUUUGCUGUAGUGUCUAUAGUUUUGCUGUAGUGUUUGUAAUUUUGCUGUAGUGUUUUGUUUUGCUGUAGUGUCUAUAGUUUUGCUGCAGUGUUUAUAGUUUUGCUGUAGUGUCUAUAGUUUUGCUGUAGUGUUUGUAGUUUUGCUGUAGUAUUGUUAGUUUUGCUGUAGUGUCUAUAGUGUUGCUGUAUGGUUGUUGUUGUUUUUUUUUUGCUGUAGUGUCUAUAGUUUUGCUGUAGUGUUUAUAGUUUUGCUGUAGUGUUGUUAGUUUUGCUGUAGUGUCUAUAGUUUUGCUUUAGUGUCUAUAGUUUUGCUGUAGUGUCUAGUUUUGCUGUAGUGUCUAUAGUUUUGCUGUAGUGUCUAUAGUUUUGCUUUAGUGUCUAUAGUUUUGCUGUAGUGUUUAUAGUUUUGCUGUAGUGUCUAUAGUUUUGCUGUAGUGUCUAUAGUUUUGCUGUAGUGUCUAUAGUUUUGCUGCAGUGUCUAUAGUUUUGCUGCAGUGUCUAUAGUUUUGCUGUAGUGUCUAUAGUUUUGCUGUAGUGUCUAUAGUUUUGCUGCAGUGUCUAUAGUUUUGCUGCAGUGUCUAUAGUUUUGCUGCAGUGUCUAUAGUUUUGCUGUAGUGUUUAUAGUUUUGCUGCAGUGUUGUUAGUUUUGCUGUAGUGUUUAUAGUUUUGCUGCAGUGUUUAUAGUUUUGCUGUAGUGUCUAUAGUUUUGCUGUAGUAUCUAUAGUUUUGCUGUAGUGUUGUUAGUUUUGCUGUAGUGUCUGUAAUUUUGCUGUAGUGUCUAUAGUUUUGCUGCAGUGUUUAUAGCUUUGCUGUAGUGUCUAUAGUUUUGCUGUAGUAUCUAUAGUUUUGCUGUAGUGUUGUUAGUUUUGCUGUAGUGUCUGUAAUUUUGCUGUAGUGUCUAUAGUUUUGCUUUAGUGUCUAUAGUUUUGCUGCAGUGUUUAUAGUUUUGCUGCAGUGUUUAUAGUUUUGCUGCAGUGUCUAUAGUGUUGCUGUAGUGUCUAUAGUUUUGCUUUAGUGUCUAUAGUUUUGCUGCAGUGUUUAUAGUUUUGCUGCAGUGUUUAUAGUGUUGCUGUAGUGUCUAUAGUUUUGCUUUAGUGUCUAUAGUUUUGCUGCAGUGUUUAUAGUUUUGCUGUAGUGUCUAUAGUUUUGCUGUAGUGUCUAUAGUUUUGCUGUAGUGUCUAUAGUGUUGCUGUAGUGUCUAUAGUUUUGCUAUAGUGUCUAUAGUUUUGCUGCAGUGUUUAUAGUUUUGCUGUAGUGUCUAUAGUUUUGCUGUAGUGUCUAUAGUUUUGCUGUAGUGUCUGUAAUUUUGCUGUAGUGUUUAUAGUUUUGCUGUAGUGUCUAUAGUUUUGCUGUAGUGUCUAUAGUGUUGCUGUAGUGUCUAUAGUGUUGCUGUAUGGUUGUUUUUUUUUUUUUUGAUGUAGUGUUUGUAGUUUUGCUGUAGUGUUAGUUUUGCUGUACUGUUUAUAGUUUUGCUGUAGUGUUUAUAGUUUUGCUGCAGUGUUGUUAGUUUUGCUGUACUGUUGUUAGUUUCACUGUAGAUUUGUUAGUUUUGCGGUAGUGUUUUUAGUUUUGGUCUGUUCUCGGAUUGUCUCUUGCAUUUUUGGUUUGUUAAUGUACUUUGUACUUUUCAGCCACCAUACUUGAACCUUUUACAGCAAACAUUGUCAGCCUAGACUGAACAAUCUAUCUAUCAUCUUUCUAGCAGUAGACUUGCAUGGUUUAUAUCAUACUAUUUGUUUACAUCCUCCCAAACAACGGUUGCUGAUUUUUUUUCAAUGUAAUUAUGAUUAAGGGGUUUAGAAGCUCAGAUUUGCAGUGUAUGUUUAUAUCAAAGAUAACUGUAAAUUGCAUAUUAGGAUUAAUGGAUAUAAUGUGGUGUGAGAUUGUGAUCCAUUUUGGAAUGGAUGUUGCACCAGUUGAGCAGUUGUGUAUAUUUCAUGUGCCUAUCAUUAUCAUUUGUGGUUGAUUUCGACCAAAAAAAACAAAACAGAAAAAAAAACCAUUUUUUGCACUCAUUUUAAAGUGGAAUAUUUAACUUAUUUAUGUAUUUAUGUCAGUUUUUAUUAUUCACCUAAACCAUUUUAAAUCUUGUGAGUGCAUGUGCAGUGUGUGUGUGUGUGUGUGUGUGUGUGUGUGUGUGGUCCCCGAGCUGUGGCCUCGGCAUUGUGCGAGCUGUAAUAAACUCUUGACUUUUUCACCUUAUUGCCGCCGUGAUGAAUGACUCUCGGUUGGGCUAAUUAAUAGCGCCGAGCAUUGGCUUGUAGUACGCCGUGUGUGUGCGUGUCCCCUCCUGUCCUGGCUGAUUUAUUUUCGGGGACGGCAUGCGUGUCCAACAGGAUCCGCUCUGCUAGACAUACUAGGUACGGGACAGAAAAAAACAAAAAAACAGUGAACAAGUGAAACAGAGUAAAUGAGAGAGGUGGAUUCGCACACAGUGUUUAUUAUGAUCUAUUUACUUUAGCCGGGAUGGGCUCCAGCAUGUCUCAGUGCGCUGUUUUUCCGCGCUUCAUCUCUCUCUCACACACCCAACCAAGCACGCAGAAUCAUAUGGCUCCCUGUUCCUCCAUGAUCCUCCCUCUCACUUCAUCCUUCCCUGCUUCCCUGUGCCAAGCUCACAGCACUGAGAGCAAGAGAGCGGAGAGAGCUUUCAUGGGGAAAUCUGGUUAACGGCAUAACAAAAAGCUCAGUGUGCCUGGCAGCAGACAAGCACCAUUUGUGCUUAUACAACAACAGUGGCAGCGAUGAGCAGCACACAAAAGCCCACCAAAACUCUGAGCCGAGACAUUGUGUGCUAGGGCUGUCGGAACAGAUUUCACCGUGUGCACUGUGCAAUACGCUUAAGCCUUGUUUUUUUGUUUUGUUUUGUUUGAUUUUACAAUUUUAUGAUAUGGGAGCCACCUGAAAACUAUGCUUUCUGUUUCUUCAGCUAAAUUAGCAGUAAGACCAAACGCAAAUAAAAUGCACAUGGUGAAAACACAAUUCACUAAAGGGGAAAGGCAGCAGAAAGUCAUAUUUUACUUCACUCCAACUUUAGCUAGCUGAACGUUAACUAGUGAAUCGCUUGUAAGUAGCAGUUUUGCUUUGCUUUUUUUGUUGGCACAACAACAAAACAGUGCCUUCCAUUAAUAGUCUAGGGUUUGUGUGGAAAGGUUCUAUUUUUUCUCUCUGCCUGCUAGGAUUUUCUUAGAAUUAUUGGCACCUUUGAUACUAUUUGAAUUUUCAUUAUAUUUGUAAUUUCAAAGGCAAAAAAAGACUAAUACCUAAAAAGCUUCUUUGUGUCAGAUAAACCAGCACAGAUAUUCAUUUUGAUAACAUGGGAAUAAAAUAAGCCCCGCCCACAGUACCACUUGUCACCACUGGUGCACUACGUGAGCUACGGAUGGUAGGUGAUGUCAUUAUCUUGGCAACAUCAUGAAAUAUUGCUGCCUUCAAAUUGUUUUUUCAAACUGUUUAUGAAUACUUGAAAGCACUGCUUUGUAAAACAGGUUAGACAUGGCUGCUUACUGUUUCAGACACAAUGUAGGUUUGACUAGAAACAAUGUGAGAAUGUUAUAGAAAGAAUGCAAAGAGACAUAACUAAAGAUACACACACACACAUGAAGACUAAACACAAGGAUUUUAUGUGCUCAGGAAUAAGAGUCAUCGAUGUGAAGCUGACUUACAAUUACCAAACAAUAUAUUUUAUAUAGGAUUCCAGUAAGGAAUAAAACACAUGACGUGCUGUUAUAGGAAAAUAAGCAACGAUGGGGUGCUGUGAUACGUUAUACCACCCCAAUAACAGCAUUUUCCUCUUAUACCACUGCAAUUUUCCAACACUAACAACUUUUUUUAAUUAAAAGAAUGGCUCGUCAUACAUUGGAUCUGUUUAUAGUUACAUUCAGUGUUGAAAAAUGGCCAUUAAAUAAGUUAGUUCCUGUUAUCACUUAUGUUAUAACAGCUAUAAACACUCGUUCCCUCACCAGCUUCUCGUUUUUUCCUCUGACUCUAGAAGUUAAUAAGACCAAAAAUGCAGCAUGUCGUGUUAGCAAGAAAUUACAAAGCCCUCAUUUCAAGACUCCCCUGUUACAAAGUGCUGACACUGGAGGCUCCUUCCGUAAACGUGAAAUAAUAAUCUCGUUACAGAAAACACCUUUUAAAUCUGGUCAUGUGGCGUGUCCUGCAUAGAAGUCUCUGUGUAAAUAAAAAAAGAUAUUGAGAGCAUGAAUAUAAACCUGUGAUUUACCUUGAAGCCAGCACUAUUGUCUAAGUCGUGGUGUUAAAGAAAAUUAAUCACCACCUACUGAUCAAUCAGAAUCGAGAAGUUAGUAGUGCUGUGAAUGAUUAUAAAUGAUUUGAAUGAUUAUAAUGUUGCUUUGUAUGGCAAAUAAACAUGCUUAGAAUUGAAUGGAUAAUAUCUCAGUAGGUCAGACUGCAUGCUGCUCGAAGACAGCAGGGAUGUUCAGUGUGCGUGUGUGCAUGUGUGUGUGCGCGUGUGUGUGGGAUCUGGACGAGCAGUAACCUUUCCGACGAUGGCCUCUUUUCCUAUUACAGCCCUGACACAGGAUCUGCAGAGAUGAUUUAACGGCGGCAUUUUGUUUUGCUGACUUCACUGCUUUUUUUUUUCUCCCUCCCCUUACCCUACCGACCAUUAAAAGAGGAAACCGUGUGGGAAGGGUGGCCAAGCAGCUAAAAUCUAUUACGCCGCAACUUCCUAACGUGUUUUAUCGCAUUGAGCUGACUGCAGUGUAUGUCCGGAUCUCCUCUUCUUUGCUGAUCCUCCCUUCUUCACCUCUCCUCAGCCCACAAACCCCUCUGUACGUGGGCACAAAUUGCUGUCCUGAGGUCCUGGAUUUCCACAGAAAGGCAAAAAUCAAACCCUUUUUUCUCCUCCUACCUAUUUUCCUAAAGAUUUUCUCCCCUUAAAAAAAGUGUCUGAAAUAGUUGUUCCGCUAGCAUGAUGGGCGAAUGCGGUGAGUGAGCUCGACUCGCUUCAGCCCCCUGCUGAACACCGGGAGGAAAUACACAACUUAGAUGCAGCUCCUACUCCUGAAAGUUUCUCGUGCCAUUUUCCAUCUCCCUGUGCAACCUUUUAGCAACUGCCUGAGUGAGCUGUUAGGUAAUGAGUUAAUAAAAACGAGUUAGUGUGCCUUUUUCCUCACUUACUUUCCCAGUCUUAGCAACACCUCCUUGUCAAACAAUAGCUCCGUAAUAAUACUGUUCCCAUCUCAACGUUAAUCAAAAAGUGCAGGAAGGCCAAUAAUCCGCUCCUCUUAUUGAAGGGAUUCACAAAAAGCCGCUGGGGCACUUUGUCAUGGCCGCCGGUCAAUGGCCUGGCGCUUUGUGCUCUAUCGAUCCGGCUCACGUGGCCUCUCCCCAGGUAAUUGCGGCCACGCUGGGUGAUAAAUUUACAGCGUUUCUUUCAACUGUUUUAGAAAAAGCAGGUCUGUAGCGAGUGAGACUCACAAUCACUUUGGCACCGUACAAAAAAAAAGAAGACGACCCUGUUUGUGAUCAUGUUCAGUAUCAAGACUUUCAUGGUUUAAUGGUGAGAGAAAGUUUCUUUUAGAGAAAUCUAAGGCUGUGUAGCUGACCUAAAAGUUAUUUUAAAAAAAGUAAAUUGUUGUUUAAAUUACCAGUGACCGAUUUCCUCCCUCUGUGUAAACGUUAUUUUAAGGUCAUUCUGGGAAAUUUGCUCUUGCUCACUUUAAUUUAAUCCACAAUGGGACAAUCAGAAUUGGCGUGCAGUUUAAUCCCCAAACAAGGUCCAUUUAAUUAGCAUGUUCAAACAUUCUCAGUAUAAUCCCGUCUCAAUUUUGUUGUUAAAAAGCUGUUUUUCAGCUGUUUUAUCUAAUAUAAUUCCCCAACACUACCACAUAUGCUUGCAAUAUAGGCUUAGCCUGAAACAUCUGUUGCCAUUCUUAGAGGUGCAUUAGGUAAGAUUAGUCCUUUUUUUUUGUUUCUUUUUUUUUUUUUCUUCCCUAAAUAUUAAGUCUCUAAUGGUUAGGUGAGUUGUUCACGAAGCUCCACCCCCAGGAUCUACAGAGGCCUGUAGAGUGUCUAUUAAAUAACUGACAGGAAGCAUAUCCAAACACAAACAAGCAUUCCAGACCAGAAGCCAGUUUUCCACACAGGUUUUCUCAGCGACUCAAUUUUGCUAAGACCAUGGCUUAUUGUGGUGGUGAAGGGUUCUCAUUCUCUGCAUGUCUUCCAGGUUAUUUGUACGAGUAAGGAAUAAAACAAUCGACUAUUGCACCUUUAAUACCUUGGGAAGGUUUCUGUUUGGGAUGUCUGUCUGUCUGUUUGGACAUUUUUGCUCUGGCAUGUAACCAUUAUUAAUGACUGAAGGUGAAGUUUAAAAUUUCACACAAGUCUAAACUGAUAAGAUGAUAUUUGUAAAUGGAGCUGUAUUGCCACAUAAUUUUUAAUUAAUUUUA